CAGGGACAGCACCCAACUGAAGGCGUUCGUUUGUAGGCGGUUAGAGUAAGAGAGAAAUUAAAGCUGAAAAUGGAAGACAAGGACCCAACCGAAUUGGUUUCUUUGGCUAAAUUAGCGGAACAAGCCGAACGUUAUGAUGACAUGGUGGUAUGGAUGAAAUCUGUGGCAGAGAAAAAGCAAGAGGGCCUCACUGACGAAGAAAGAAAUUUGCUGUCGGUGGCAUACAAGAACGUGGUGGGCGCGCGAAGGUCUUCUUGGCGAAUCAUUUCGAGUCUGGAGCAGAAGGCAGAGGACGAAGAUAAAAAAAGAACUGCGGUGAAUUAUCGGGAAGUAGUGGAAAAGGAAUUACAGGAGAAGUGCAACGAAGUCUUGAAGUUGAUUGAUGAACACCUUCUUCCUUCCGCGGCAAAAGCGCAGAGCCCCGAACCAAAGGUGUUCUACUUAAAAAUGAAGGGUGACUACCUUCGUUACCUAGUCGAGAUUGUGUUGGCAGAGGAUGACAACAGUAAACGAGAACGCAAAGAGAAAGCAGAUUUAUCCAAGGAAGCUUACUUAAAAGCAAAGGAAGAAGCUGAUCGAUUGGCUACAACUCACCCUAUUCGUCUUGGUUUGGCUCUUAAUUUCUCCGUGUUCUACUACGAGAUUGAAAAUGACUCAGAGGCGGCCUGCAGGUUGGCGAAACAGGCUUUUGAUGAUGCUAUCUCCGAAUUGGAUCAAUUGAAAGAAGAUUCUUACAAGGAUAGCACUUUGAUAAUGCAACUUCUCCGUGACAAUCUUACUUUGUGGACAUCUGAAGAACAAGGAGACGGUCAAGGAGACGAUUAAACUCGUGACCAAUUUCUUAAUUAAAGCCCGUAUUUUUGUCUUAACUCGGAAUUCGAGAAGAGAUGUAAAAAAGUGACAAAUUCAGUUGCCAUUUAAUCAAGAGGAGCGUCCUCAUUAAUCAUUAGGAAUCUAGCUGUAAACAAUUUUUAAGUGUAUUUUCUUGCAAAACUUUCUUGUGGUAUGCUGUGAAAUAUCUCAGACUGAGUCUACUUUAAGUGUGCACACAAUACCUGUAUACAUGUACGUUCACACUAUUAACCUCCAUUUUGGGAAAAAAUAUGCACCAUCGCAUCUGUUCCGAGAAAUGAACUGUUUUCCAAGCACAAAGCUGCGGGAAAAUGGUGAUCUUUGGUGAACAGGUCAUGUCCAAGGAGAAAUACCUGCACAUAUUUUAAACAGUUUAUUUGGGACAGCAAAGAAAAUAUAAAUUUGAAAAACCAGGGUUAUCCUCUUAAAGUUUCAAGUUUGGCUGUGUUGUGUGACAUGUUCAGGUCAAUAACACAAAAUAGUAAACGAGAAAAAUAUUUGAUGGAUUGUGGACCAUGAUGUAGGGGAUUUUAGGGGUGCACCACAAGAUGGAGGCAUGGAGCUACAUGUAUUUAUUGCCUGCCUUGAAUCAGACAUGUUAACUAGACCAUAGAUUGGAUAAAUCUGACAUUUUGUGAAUUUCUGACCAUUUUCUGAAGAUUUUUUGUGGACAUUGAAACAUUCCAAAUCAUUUCUGAACAUUUUCAAUUACUGAUUAAUGAAUAAAGCAAUUGAUUUGUGAUGAAGUUUGUGACUAUCUGGACACUUUUACUGAGUACAGCUUUCAGUUACUGCUUUCUAUUGUGAUUUGUUGAUCAUGGGUUAAAUCUGUGCGUGGUUUGAAAUUUGUGAACAGUUUGAUAUGUAUCUCUCUUUGUUUUAGAUAAUAGGUAUGAAUUUUAUGAGCAUUUUUGUUCAGUUACUAUAUUCAUGUUCUGGUAAAUAUGCCUUCACUGAAGGUAAUUCAUUGUUGCCCAGAGCCAUAACAGACUUUAAACUGUCUUUUCACAUUGGUGUUUUAACCCUAGAUAUCGAAGGAAGUGUUAUUCUAAGCUUAAACAAAGUACUAUUUUCCAACAUGCUGUCGAAUGGGUUUGAUUUCUGUGCAAGUUGAAGCGUCUGGUUGCUAAUAUGGGAAAUAAUUUCAAGCUUCAAACAAAUUUAAACCAUAACAUAUAUGACAAAGUUUUCUUUCCUGUAUGACAUUUAAAAUAGAUUUUUUGCUUUUGUCUAAAAGUUUGUCAAGUUGUAUGGAUAAAUAAUGUUAGAAAUGCAUUCCCACAUUGUGCAAGUUCUUUAACUAAUCAAGUUACAAAAUAGAGAAACCUGUAGUAGUUUGAGACUGAUUUCACGUUGCUGCAUCAAGUGCGGCUUCAACAUUGUCACUGAAUAUUUUCAACUGGAUAUGAAUCCUGUUGCAAGUAUUAAUUUUAAUCUCUUUGCACUGCAUGAACAAGUUUUGAAAUAUAAGCUAUGUGCAAUAUUGUUUGCCACAACUGUUAA